AUAAACCGGAAGCAGUUCUAUGGAAACAAACAUCAUGGAGGGAAACGUAUGAAGCUGGAUUAAUUUUCUAUACAAAAUCACGUUAUUUUAAUACUGUAAAUCAAAACCAUGCCAAUCACAAAGAUUCCAAUUGUUCACAAGUUUGGUAUAAUAUCACAUAGUCAAAGACUAGAGUUACAGGAACGUUUACUCAAACAGUCUUACCUGCAGAGUGUUGAAAGUCAAAAAGUUAUACAAACAAGUCGUAAUCCAUUAGAAGUUACAGAGGAAUUUGUAUAUCAGUAUAACAAUGCUAAAACAUUGGAUGAGAGAGAGAAAUACGAGGCUACAGCUCAUAAAAUGUUGGAAAGAUCCAAGAGAAGAUCUGGUUUGCGGCUUAAUGGAUUAGGACAAUAUGUAAAUUUACCAAUGGCAUGGACUGAGCUAGCUCAGUUGGCUCAGUGUAAGGGUAAAAUACAGGAAGAAUGUCUAGAUGUAUUGAUAACCACACUUGACCAGUCACCUCUAGAGAGAUUUCACAUCCCAGCUUUGUUUUUUCUGGCAGAGACAAUGUUAUACUGGCUCAGGACAGAUGCUGUUCAUCAACCAUAUCUUAGAACAGGAGAAAUUAAACUUUUAAAGAUGGGACAACUGGCUUUCACCCGAUUGUUUUACCAUCACAUGGCAGGACAACUCCAAGGACAAAACGAGUUUAAAAACAGACUCUUUACAUAUUUAGAUGGUUUAUCUGAAUGUCAAGAAGCAUACAGCCCAUAUCCAAAUGCCUUGUUGUCACUAAGAUUUAUUAUAACUGUUGGGAAAAUAAUCAUGGCAGACACUGAAGUGGAACCUGGAGAGAUAAAGGAAGGAGAUAAUGUAUCAAAACCCCGGACACCACUCAGUCGACCAAGUAUGCCUUACAGCAGAGGAACAUCUGGAACAGCACAUGAUCGACAUGAAAAUAGUGAGAGACAAAGCCACUCAGCUCACAGUGGGGCAAUUAGUAGUAGCGUACAUGAUCUGAGCCCAACCUUAUGGCAUGCUUUGGAUGUGUGGAGGUGUACCAAUCAUCUUGGUGGUGGGUUGGCUGAAGCCUUGCAAGCUCUAGCUACCUGUGGAAUGGGAUUGUCAAAUGAAAACUGGGUUGACAGCAUGAUAGCUUUACAAAUAUUGGCUGAAGCAGCUAAAUCCAAUAUAGCAGCGAUGAAAAUCCUUCAUAGUCUAGCUCGAGGGUCAAGACCUAAAGUGAAGGGAGGAUCUCCACCAGACAGUUCAAGAUCAGAUGACUCAGUUGAAACAGGUCGUGAUGUAUACAGUGUUACCAGUGACAACUCUGAAAAAGCUCAUGAAUCAAGAAGUGUUGGGAGUUCUAAACCAAGUCUUAGUGAUAUCUAUGAACGUAGUGAGGAAGAUCAUGACUCGGCCAGAAAAUCUAAACAUACAAGAUCAGAUCAAGAAAAACAGGACAACUCUCCAGAAAAGUCACCAGAACAACAAAAAACUGCACUAAGUAUUGAAAAUCUAGAAAAGUUUGAGUCCAGUUUGAAAAAAGAAAAACCACAAAGGACAACUGCUAGUCGUGAGAGAGAAGUAUCAUUUGCUGAAAAUGCAAAGAACAAAAUUACUGACAAAAACAGAAUUAAAACAUAUACCAGAGAUUCAGUGAGAACAAAUCCAUCUACUAGGGAUUCUAAAAGGGCCUCUAGUUAUCAGUCUGACCCUUUACCUGGUACCGCUUGGAAGGCUGAAGUAGGAUCAGAUUUACCAAGUGGAAGAGCAUCUGAAGCUAGCUCUGUUCCUACUUACACUAAUUUACCUGUAUCAGACACUCCUGGAAUCAAUGGUUGGCACUGGGAAGUUGCCAUUACUUUUACUGACACUUUAGCAGAGAUUUGCCUUUAUGGAAGUAAUGCUAAUAUACAAAAGAUAGCAUUAAUGGGUAUUAAUAAAGAUGUAUCAGAACCAUUCAAGCGUGGUUAUUCCAGUGUACCAUUAGUCAGUGCCGGACUACUAGACUUGGCUUUCUUUCAUGCCACCAAUGAAGUUAGGGAUGGAGGUCCUAAUGACUGGAGUUGGAGAAUAAGGUUUGGUGCUAUACAAUCUUUAGUAAAGAUUUGUCGUAGUUUGGCCAGUGAUAAAGCUAGAGAAGGGAUGAGAACAGCUGCUUGGAACAGUCUACUUAGGGCACAUUCAAUGGAGAAGGAUGACAGAGUCCUAGAGGCAUUAAAAGUUGGACAGGUACAUACAGAUUUAGAGGGCCUAUUAAACAAACCAACAUUAUCCAACCCUGGUAGACUUGGUGGAAUGAUAGCUGGUGGUCUGUCUAACAUCUACCUACCACCCCUGCCUCCAGCAGUUAAUCCUUACAUACCUCCUGUAAGAAAGAGUUCACCUCCACCAAAGAUACAGCAAGUAUCACCAAGACAGAAGAAACCUAACAGAACAACACUUAAGGAGGAAAUACAGCUAGCCACAGCUUUAUAUGAACCACCUGUUGGCGUAAAUACUAGACUAAGCUUUGAUUUGAGGAGAAUUGUUGAAGAUCAGUGGAGAAAAGAGUUGCAGCUUGAUUUGGAAAAGGAAGAAAAAGAUAGACAAAAAGAAAUAGAAAUAAAUCAAAAGGAAGAAGAAGAUAGACAGAAGGAACUUGAAGUUAGAAGAGCUCAGAAACUGCAAAAAAUCUUAGGAUAGUCCUUCUAUAAUUUUCAGAUUGAAAAAGAAAUGUUAACCACUUUUUAGAGCUAUGAAAAUUUAAGUCAAAAUUAAGAGCAAGGAAUUAAUGACAAUAUGUUGUUGUUGCACAUGUUAGGCUAGGAAAGGAACUUAAUAUAUUUCUAUCUGUGGAUUUAACAGUUUUAUGUGUUGUAAGAUUGAUUCUAGCUAUUACAAACUCUCAUUGUGAUUAAGAUCACCCCAAACUUAGGAUAUAUUUGUGACAUAUUUUUGAUAGUUUGGAAAUGCUUUUAUUUCAUUUAGAAUCACUUUUAGGCUUCAUUUAUGUUUAUAGUUUUGUAGUAUAAAGUGCCAGAAUUAUUGUCAAAUGGUUUUCAGUUUCUAGGGAUGAUAAAAAAUGAGAAGGAUAUACACCAUUUUAUGCUUUAUAAAUUUAAUGAACAAUCUAUCUAAGGAUUAUAAAUUAGUAAGGCGAGAAAAUAAUUAAUGACAUUUUUUAAAAUAUCUUCAUUUAUCAUUACAAAUAGUUACAGAUCACUGAUUGUGGUGAUACAUUAACACUUAGUACGACUCCUCAUUAUCUAGUAGGUAUAAACAAGAAAUAAAUUUUAAAAUACCUUAAAUAUUCCUGUUUCAUUUAAAUUGCUUCAAUAGAUAACAGCUCCAAGUUAUAUUGGUCCAUAAAUGAUUUAAUUUAUGUCCAUUAAAAAAUUCAAAGACAGAAAACUUUAUAUUAUGGCCAAUUUUUAAGUAUACAACAUAUUUUUUAAUUUGCAAUGAUCUCAAUAAAACUUAUCAACCAGUACUGUUAUACAGUUAUAGACUAUGGAACCUAUUAGAAGACGUAUUUGUUCAUGGUUGCUUGUGAGAAAUAUGUAGCUUACUCUUUUCAACCACUUAAAACUAAAUUAGAUGAUCUGUUCCUCAGGAGACAUUUAGCCUCUAGAUUAAAUAAGAUAUCAUAAGCUUCUAGUCUUACCUUUUUUAUAUUUACCCUGUAAAAAAACAGUUAUCUAUUUAAGGAUAUUGGAAGACUGCUUACUUGAGACAAAUGUUUUACAGAACUUAUUUUCCCAGUAUAUUCAUUGUCAUAAAUUUCACUUUUCAUUAGGACAUGUUUUAUCAGGAUUUACAUUUUUUAUUUUGUAUAACAAUAUGUCUAUAUAUUAUUUGCAUUUUAUGUGAGUUUUUAUCCAUUGUUUAUGCUUUACAUUGUAUCUGUGAUAGAAUAUUAAUUUUAUGAUUUCAAGUCAAUGAAUAUUUCCAGAAAUAAAUGUAUGGGGAUUGAAAUCCAGUAGCAUAACCAAGCAGUUUAUAAUGGGGAUCAAGAUAAAAGUGUUUGUCAGAACCUUUUUUAAAAUACUUAAUAUAUUAGUUCACUUAUUAUGUAGUUCUAAACUUGAAAGUGAAAUUGUUAUUGGAGAAAAUAGGUCAGUGUGACCUAUUUUUUUUUGGGAGGCUGCUAUUCUCAAAAAGAUGUAUCUUAAUAAGUUAUAUCAAUUUAGAUCAAUUAUUAUUAUCAGACAUAAAACUUCAUCUAAGUCAAUGAAUUGUAUUAUCUAGGUCAGGGUGACCUACUUUUAAAGGAAUAUUGGCAUACUUCACACAAUGCAUCCUUACACCAAAUUAUAUGAUUGAAGGUUACUUAGUAUCUAAAAACUGAACUCUGACUUGCAACUUAAUGAAGUUAAAAAACUGUAUCAAAGCCAUUAAACCAAAAUUUAUGGGUCAUGUGACCUCAUCUUCUGCAACACAAGUGCAGAUUUUAACAAAACCAUUAAUUUUUAAGUCUACAGUAUGAAAAUUUUUACAUUAGAAAAUUUAUAUACAAAGUUGUUGUUAAUUUUGGAACACUCAUAAUAAUAAAAAGACUUUUUGAUAGUA